GAGGACAAACCUGUGAGCAUAGGCAGCGAGAAUACUUAUCCGGAACAAAAGGAUGAGAGCACGGACUUAACUGUGGUUCAAGAGGAUAACACCCCUCAUGUUGAUGAGAAUCUCUCACAGAUUAACAGUGUGCUGCCAGAUCCAAUGAUUUUUUCAAAUCCACAGCUUGGAGCAUUGGAUAUGGAUUUCAAUGCUGCCUUAGAACUAGACUUUAAACCAGCUGAGGAGAUGGACUUUAAGCCUGCUACAGAAUUUGGAUUUGACCAGCCAAUAGAAAUUGAUUAUCUUGAGAAGUUUGGAACCUCUUUAUUCAAAGAUUCUGCUCUGAGAAAGCAGUCCCUGUAUCUGAAAUUUGAUCCUCUGCUGAGAGAGUCUCCUAAGAAGUGUGCUGCUCCAGACAGUGACCUGAUGUGCAGCUUACCUCUGCGCAGCAACUUGGAGCUCUUUGGAGCCUUGCCUAAACCGACUUACCCUGCUGCUCUGAACCUGGAAAUUGAAGAGAAGCCUAAAGGCCUCGACCUCCUGGGGACGUUUACUGUAGCUGACACGGCACCUUUAAUUCCAGACUGUGCGGAUUUACUGUCUAGACCAGACCCCUUCCUCCUACCACCUGAUGUGGGGGCAAUUGUGGAGGUUCUCAAGUUCAGUCAGAAGGACAUGGAUGCAGCUAUAGAGAAAGUUCGGCAAGAGGUUCAGGAAAAAGAAUUGGAGAUUUUAGAAUGGAAAAAUAAGCAUGAAAAACUCUACAUGGAAUACGUGGAGAUGGGGAAAAUUGUUGCUGAAUUUGAAAGCACAAUUGCACAAAUAAUAGCGGACUCUCAAAGACAAAAGGAAAUGGCGAAGCUAGAGCUAAAUAAAGUGGUGGAGGAAAAACAGCAAGUUCAGGUGGACCUAAACUCGAUGGAAAAAAUCCUUUUCCGAUUUAUUUAAAAGAUUUGAAAAGCAGAAGGAGGUCUUGGAAGGAUAUCGCAAGAACGAAGAGGCCCUUAAGAAAUGUGUUGAGGAUUACCUGGCCAGAAUUAAGAAGGAAGAGCAAAGAUAUCAGGCACUGAAGGCACAUGCAGAAGAAAAAUUAAACCGAGCUAAUGAGGAAUUGCUCAAGUAAGGACCAAAUUCAAGGCUGAAGCAACAGCCCUCCAGGCAACACUACGCAAAGAACAGAUGAAGGUCCAGUCUCUGGAGCGCACUUUAGAACAAAAGUCAAAAGAAAAUGAUGAACUGACAAAGAUAUGUGAUGACUUGAUCAUGAAGAUGGAAAAAAUCUGA